AUGGCUCUGGGCCGGCGACGGACACCCGCCAUCCUGACGAUCGUGGCCCUUUUCUUUGGUGUGCGGCAGGUGAUCCAUUUUGAUGGCGGAAACGUCCUCGUCGCCUGGCCAACGGCUGGCCCGCAGGUGACGGUGGCCAGCCAUCACCACCAUCAGCGCCAUAGGGAGACGCAUGAAGAGUCCAUCUUCGAGGAGCUCGUGGAGGAAGUGACCCUUUGCCCCUGGCUGCUCUUUGCCGAAGUUUGCCUGGUCGUCAUACUGAAUGCAGUCUUCGAAUCUGUCCAGCACUGGGUUCGACAUUCUCUGGACCAUGCGCAAGAUAAGGUCGGCCUGCAGAUCAUGGACGUGCUGUUCAAGGAGUUUUCGGGCCUCGGCUUCAUCGGCAUGUUCCUUUUUCUGGUGACGCAGAGCAAGGUCAGUGAGGACGUCUUGGGGAGACAGGUCUUCGGCGACAGCCUGAAGGACUUCGAUGCCGAGGAUCCCGUCGCCGAGUCCUUUGAGACUGUUCACAUGAUGAUCUUCCUGCUCAUGGCCGUCUUGCUCUUUCAGGCAAUGGCCCUCCUGAGGGUCACCAAGAGCGUGAUCGAGACUUGGGGCCGAUACGAGCGCGCGCGGGCUUGGGGCACGCGGCCGGAUUCCAUCGAGUCUCUUUUCUGUGAGAGCGGCUUCCUGGAGCGGGUCGCCAUGCCUUACGCCCCGCGCGGGCUCGAGCUGCACUGCAAGAAGCCCUUCACGUACGAGAAUCCGCUGGGGUGGUGGAUGGUGUUGAACCACGACACCUUGAGAAACCUCGUCAUGUGGCGAGCCAUCCGCCACCAGUUCAUCUUCGGGGCGAACUCCAAGGCGAAAAGUGGCAGCAUCUCCUGCCCUCGUCAGUUUAGCUUCGAGUCCUACCUGCGAGAACGCCUGGGCCGCAUCGUGGUUCACGUGGUCGAGGUGGACAUGUACAUCUGGCUGUCGACGCUUCUGACGCUGACGCCCAUGCUGUAUGGCUGCAUCCACUUGAACUUCUACGCAGUGAAUGAACUCCUUGUAUUCGUCUCGUACCUUCUCCUCGCCAUCGGCAUGGUUGUGGCCUACCUCCUGGAGAGCGACACGCUCGCUCUGACGCCCACACUGCCCGAAGAUGCACGCCAGAUCCUGGUGCUCUUCUCCGGAACAAGCAGCUACAUGCUCAUGAAGCACUACGACAUGACUUCCACCAUCUGCGCCGAGCUGAAGUUCGGGGCCCCCGGUCUCUGUGAUGUAGACAUCGACAAUGUGGAGCUUGGCAAGGCACCGGCAUCGAGUUUCCAGCGCGCGAGCAUGAAGACGGAGCACUAUGCUUUCAUCUUCGAGCUGCUGGCCUUCUGGCAGGCCAUUUUGGUCACGUGCCUGGUCCUCUUCUACCUGAGCGUCCCCCUCACCUCCUGGUCGGAAAUCGUGUUGUAUUCGAUGGCCUGGGCAGAGUGGCCCCUGAUGCUCUUCGGGGUCAUGCCCGUUCUGCUCGAGAGGCUGACGAUUCGAAGCUCCAUUGGGGAUGAGACCGACAACCAGCUGGUGCGCACCGUUUCAUUGGAGACAAAGUCGAUGCUCCUGCGGUACCACAUCCGCUUAGCGCAGCUCAUGGGCUAUGAGAAACGCCUGAAGAAGCAGCAGCUCGUCGAGCGGCAUCGGGUCAACCCGCACCAAGUACACAACGCCAGCCGCCUCAUUCACGCGGCGACUGCAGCGACGCUGGGGGAUGAUGACGACGACAAGGAUGUAGUUAUGCAGGCCCAGCUGCUACCGCAUGGCGCUUCCGCGCCGGCAGUGGAAAGCAUGCAGGUGCCGCCGUCCUCACCGAGGCCGGGCGACACUUCCCCGCCGAAACAAGGCGCGGCUAUGCACCGGGCCGUGCGCAAGGUGAACCUUAUCACACGCUGGAACUCCAAGACCAGGAUCCGGGAAAACUGGACCAAAGGUCUGCGGCUCUUCCGCGCGCUGCCCUACGGCGAGCAGCAUGAGAUCGAGCAGAUCUUCAGCAGUCUCGACAUCAACAACAACGAGGAGGUGAUGUUAGGGGACCUCGCUGACCACUGGCGGGCCAUGGGUUUCAGGAACACGGAGGAGUCGGCGCAGACGCUCCUGGAAAGCAUCGACUACGAUGGCAACAAGCAGCUGACCUGGAACAAGUUCCAGGCCGCUGCGGCCUUGGCCAUCUCAGCCAGCGGCGAGCGGGACUGGCACAAUGACUACAAGAUGCUGUUCAACCUCAUCGACCGCAAUCGGAACGGCAGGCUAACAGUCUUUGACAUUGCCUCCUGGCUUGAAGACAUGAAGAGCGGCAUGACAGAGAUGGAUGUUGCCAGCUUGUUGUACCAGCACUUCGGGCAAGCCAAGCCUUAUGUGGACCAGAACGAGUUCGUGGAUUGGAUUGGCGCGAUUGGCCUGCCCCACGCGAACUCAAGCUUGAACCAUUACAGCCACUGA